CGGCACAGCCCGGCUCGGCGCGGCCCGGCGGGACGGCGGCUGCGAUCCGCCGCGGCCGGCGAUGGGAGAUGGAGGGAGCCGGCGGUGCGGCAGAAGCACUUGUGCUGGAUAAUGACAUAUCAGCUCAUGCCCAGAAUGUUGCCAAGGCCAAAUAUGAAUUUUUAUUUGGCUUGGAAGAAGAGAAACCUUCAGGAAUGGGUAGUGGCCGUGGAAGCAGCAGUUUGCCUCCUCACACCACCAUCAAUGAAUUUCCAGAGUACGGCAGCGUAGAGUCAAGCAGACAGGCGGCGGGGGCCCCGCCCGUGACGCGCAGCCCCGAAGGACGGGACGGCCACCACCGCGCCCGGCCCGGGCCUCCGCGCGCGGCCCCUGCCCCCCCCCCCCGGCCUGGUGCAGGCGCGGCGCCGCGUCACGCCCCAGAAGAGGGCUUGCAACCUGCAGGUAAUCUGCCAGAGAUUAUGAAGUUCUCUGGGCGACCAGAAGCAACAAAGGUGCAAGAAAGAGCAAAUACUUCUCUCGAUUCAGAGACGCAAAUGGAAAAAAAGAGUGUUACUGGCAGCCAAAAUGUGCAGGCAGCCAGAGAUCCAGUUCCAGCAGGCCAAGAAAAACUCUCAGACAUGCUUCUUCCAUCUGAACGAACAGCUGAGGAAAAAAAGCAUUUGAUCAUGGAGAAGGAUCUGGCUUCAAUAUGGGCUGAAGAAAAGCAGUCCAAAUCCUCACAAGUUAUAAGUAAUAAAGCAGAGGAGGUCCACACAGCUCAGGAACCAAGCUGUCACAAACCAUCUGUGACAAACCUGGAAGCAGUCAGCAGAGUGGAGAGGGGGACAGGUUCUGAGGAGUUUUCAGAGUACAGUCAAGGCAAAAUGCAAACAGGUCCUGAGAGAAGGCUUGCUAAAGAGGCAGCUGUGAGUAAACAUGUAGAAUUUCAAGGUGUGGAGAUUUUAUGGCUGCAAAAAGCUGAGGAGCAGAAAAGAAAGAAACACUCACUGCUGGACUCUGUGUCUGUGGAGAGGAAGGCAUUCCCCAAAACAUCCAGCCACCCUGUGUCACCAGUGGUCUCCCCAGCCUUGGUUUCUUUGCCAGACAGUGCGUGGAGUGAGGUCUGUGAAGACCCAAGGCUGGGACCUGCUGCCUCCGGAGCCACUCCUCUAGCACUGCUCAAUGAAAACAGGAAGGAUGAAGUUUCUGUGAAGGACAGGAAGAACUGUGGUGAGGAGGAGAUGGCUAUGCUUGCAAAAGGCCAGGGCAGGAUGGUGGAGGAGGGGGAAGCAGCCACAGGAGGAUAUGAAGAUUUCCUUGGGCAGAGGCACUCUGACGUCUCCACUGAUCUGUACAGCUCACAGUUUGAAAACAUCCUAGACAAUGCAUCUUUGUACUACAGUGCAGAAUCGCUGGAGACAUUGUACUCGGAGCCCGAUAGCUACUUCAGCUUUGAGAUGCCACUCACUCCCAUGAUCCAGCAGCGCAUGAAGGAGGGUGGACAGUUCUUAGAUAGGACAUCAGCCUUGGGGCAGACAGAUGUGCCCGACAGGGAAGUGAAGGGAUGUGGUGAAGGCAUCGCCAAUGGCUUAAGGGAUGCAAGUGAAACACUCUUCAAAGGAGAUGUCACAGAAGUCCCUCGUCUGGAAAGCAAUGUUGAACUACAAAAUAUGGUGUUAGACCCCAGUGCAGCCAUGGGGAGCAAUGAACUCCAGGAGAAAGAUGCCACUGGAGCCCCUGGCCAUGAUCUCAGCAAUGGCAGCAGCAGCAAUUUGGAAGCAGCCAGGCGCCUGGCUAAGCGCCUCUACCAUCUGGACAGAUUCAAACGCUCUGAUGUGGCAAAACAUUUGGGUAAAAACAAUGAAUUCAGCAAGCUCGUGGCCGAAGAGUAUCUUAAAUUUUUUGACUUCACAGGUAUGACGCUGGACUCUUCACUCAGGAGUUUCUUUAAGGCCUUUUCACUUAUUGGAGAAACUCAGGAACGAGAGAGAGUUUUAAUCCACUUCUCCAGCAGAUACUACCAGUGCAACCCAAAUGCCAUUUCUUCUCAAGAUGGAGUUCACUGUCUCACGUGUGCCAUGAUGCUGCUGAACACAGACCUGCAUGGCCAUAACAUUGGGAAAAAGAUGACCUGCCAAGAGUUCGUUGCUAACCUCCAGGGAAUGAAUGAUGGCAAGGACUUCCCGAGAGGGCUCUUGAAGGCCCUCUACAAUUCAAUCAAGAAUGAGAAGUUGGAAUGGGCAGUGGAUGAAGAAGAGAAAAAAAAAUCUCACUCGGAUGGUACAGAUGAAAAGGAUAAUGGGAACCAGACAAAGGCUGUCAGUCGAAUUGGCAAUUCAAAUAACCCAUUCCUGGACAUCCCUCAUGACCCCAAUGCUGCCGUGUAUAAAACUGGAUUUCUGGCUCGGAAAAUCCAUGCAGAUAUGGAUGGAAAGAAGACUCCCCGGGGAAAACGAGGCUGGAAAACCUUUUAUGCUGUGCUGAAGGGAACUGUCCUGUACUUGCAGAAGGAUGAAUAUAAGCCAGAAAAGGCUUUGUCGGAGGAAGAUCUGAAGAAUGCAGUUAGUGUGCACCAUGCACUGGCAUCCAAGGCAACAGACUAUGAGAAGAAACCCAAUGUCCUCAAGCUUAAAACAGCAGAUUGGAGAGUCCUGCUUUUCCAAGCCCAGAGCCAAGAAGAAAUGCAGACCUGGAUCAACAAGAUUAACUGUGUGGCUGCUGUCUUCUCUGCACCACCAUUUCCAGCAGCCAUUGGCUCUCAGAAGAAGUUCAGUCGCCCACUCCUGCCAGCCACCACAACAAAGCUAUCUCAGGAUGAACAGCUGAAGUCCCAUGAAGCUAAGCUGAAGCAGAUCUCCACUGAGCUUGCUGAACAUCGCUCCUAUCCUCCUGACAAGAAGCUCAAAGGCAAGGAAGUAGAUGAUUACAAACUGAAGGACCACUACCUGGAGUUUGAGAAAAAUCGCUAUGAGAUUUAUGUUGGCCUGCUGAAAGAAGGGGUGAAGGAGCUGCUGAGCGGAGGAGAGAACGAUGCGCCAGGACUGAAGAAGUCCCACUCAAGUCCUUCUUUGAAUCAGGAGUCUCCAGUUAGUGCCAAGGUGAAACGCAAUGUCUCAGAGAGGAAGGACUACAGGCCAGAAACACCCAGCAUUAAGCAGAAGGUCACUUAGGGUGGAAAUGACAACUAGGGGAACAGCCAUGCAGCAAAGUAUCGGUGGUCAAAAUUUUUUCAUUUAAUAAUCUGUCAUUCACAAAAAAUAAGUGCAUCUGCCUGAAUGGGGUGUUAGUGACAUUUUCUAUUGUAUAUUUUGCUGUUUCUGUGCAGAUUGUGGGAGAUGUCUUUGCUCCUGCUUUGCUUUGCUUUGUUAAUUUAUCAUUUAGCAGUUGAAGCAUCGGGACGUUUUGUGUUGUUUUGUUUCUAAAGGAGCUGGGGAAGGGGUAGAGCGCUGUGACGUUUAUUCUGUCUCCUCCCCAUUUAUCUCCUCCCAUCGGCAUGUGGCUUUCAUCUCUCAAGUCACUUGUCACUUUAUUUACGUGGUGGGUGGGAAAAAUAACUGGACGAGUGCUGCAGUGCUGUGAAUAUGAGCUGUAGCUGUGAGAACUGUGCAAACAUGCAGCUGCAGAAGGCUGACUAGAGGCUAGGGUGCUGGGAACACUAGUUUCCUGACAACGUUGGUACUGGUACUUAGCAGCAGGUGGUACAGUAAAUAGUCACUGUUGCUUUUUGUUACUGCAUUGACCCUGGACACGGGAGUGCAAAGAAAUGAAACCUGGAAACCUCUGGCAAUGCUGGGAUGACCACAUUGG